GUUUCCUGUCGUCAUAUCCCCCCUUGUGAUUGCUAGCUCCACCCUCUUGUGUCUCACCUGUGCUUCAUUACUCCCCUUUUAUUGAACUCUGUGCUACCUUUACACUUGGCCAGUUAUUCUUUGUACUUGUGUCGGACAAAUUCCAGCCUGUUCCAAGUGUGUUUACUGGCUCCUAUUGGACUUGUUAGGAAAGCAUUAUUUGGCGUUGUGGUUUUUGAGACUUGUGGAGGAGCUGCUGGUGGUGUUUGGGUUCGUCUUGGCUUCGGACGGAGUUCGGCCACGGCUGCAGGAACGACCACAGCGAUUCGUGUGUAUUUCAGGAACAGCUGGAGGGAUGAGGCAGCGGAGCAUAGGAUCAGCUGAUCACCGCAUGGCGCCCAGCUCACGGAUGCCGAGCACUGAAAGUCCCCAGCUGACAUCCAGCCAUGCCUCUGUAUCGGGCUGUGAGUAAAGGUGGUGCGGCGAAGCCUCAACCCGGCCGCAAGGGAGCAAGGAGUAGGGAUUUGAAGGGGAACCGCUGCAAGACAGAUGAAGACUGCUCUGUCCUUUCACUGACCCGGCUGUGCAUCCUAAGCCUCGCUGACAACAUGAAGGAGGUGUGGGUGAAAGAUUAUGCUGAGAAAUACCUGGAUCAUUAUGUGUUCAGACACAUCAUGGGGCCUUUCACAUUGCUGCCGGGAGAUCUUGUCGAGGAGCUAAUGAGGCUGCUAUCCACCAGACAGCAGUUAUCCCGGGCAGCCCUGCACCUCCUGCUGGUCCCUCAGCUCCGAAGUCUGUCUCUGGAAAUGUGUCCUGGUUUGGUCACCUCUGCCCUCUGUUUCCACAUCGCUGCACGUUGCCAGGGUCUGUGGAGUCUGGACCUGUCCGGAGCCCAGCAGCUGUCUUCAAAGGUCCUUUCUCAAACUCUCCACAGUCUGCCAGCUCUGCGCUCGCUCUCUGUGGCUGGCAUGCCUUGUGACAGAGAUACAAUCAGAACAGUCGUCCAGUGCUGCCCUCUGUUGCGACACCUAGACGUAUCUCGCUGCCAUUUGCUUAGCCCAGCUGCACUGCUUGGUCUUGGAGGUGGGGUUUUCUUCUCACCCACUGCCGGUCCGUCUACCUCAUCUUCUCACUUCACCUCCGCUUCUCAGUCUUCUGCUUCAUCAUCCUGCUCUGACAUGUCAUCCUCCUCCUUUCCUCCAACCCUUGCCCCUCUUCCCCUCUGUAGUCUGCUGGCUUUGGAUAUUGGGUUUGGGGAGGAGGAGGAUGAUCAUGUGGCAGCAGCGGCCUACCUCCUUCUCUCCCUGCCUCGUCUAGAAAGAGUGGCAAUUGAGGGCCUUGCACAGGCCUCCUCUCUUAUUGAUCGCAGAGAGUUCAGCCGAGCAGAUAGGUUUACUAAAAGGGAAGGUAUUCCCAGCCUGGAGGACGUGUGGCGAGAGAGGAGGCAUGAGCAUACCUGGAGGGGGAAGAGUGAAACAGCAGGAGCAGGUAAAGAAGACGUGGAUGAAGAUGAGGAGGAGAGGAUGUUCUUGGAUGGGUAUGACAGUGAGAGUGAGGGAAAUGCUAGUAGAGAUGAACAGCCGUCUUGCUCUCAGAACCAAUCAGAUGAAAGUAACAGUGUUGUUUCGCAGUCUGGCCUGACCCUGAGGCUGAGGGAUGUCGAAGGAGUAGCUUGUGAGUCUCUGGAGAGUUUAGGUCGUUUAUGUCCAGGCAUCAUCUCCAUAUCUGUGAACUUUGACAAUUAUGAAGGAAAUGGAGAAAGACAUGCGAUGCAUUCAUUUGCUGCAGCCCUCAGGACCUGGUCAGGCCAGCUACGGAGCCUCACAGUACACUACCCAGGCCACCUGGACUCUCUGCUUCCUGCUAUGCUGGUUGCAGGCUCCUCCCUGACCUCUCUCACCCUGGAAGGGGUUAGAACCAACCCCUACACCCCACUACUGGAGGUGAUCAGGGCCUGUCCCAAACUCAGAGUCCUGUUCAUAUCUGCUGAGCCUCCCUUCACGACAGAGCAAGGAAGGAAUCUCGAGGAAUUGAGGGGCGACGUGGACCUUCCGCACCUGCCAAACCUCUGCUCUCUCACACUCAAGUUCUCCUUUGAGCCAUCUCUAAGGAUGCCUGUCCUAUCCUGGAAUUCCCUGAAGAGGGUGAUCAAGUGUCUCCUGGCUGGUUCCCCUUUACUGGAGAAGCUCUCACUCGUCUCCCUGCCGUGCAAUCUGAACAGCGUUCUACGAGACUUGCUGCCCAUAGCCAGCUCUUUUCGUUUUGUGGGUGCCCAGUGCUUAAAUCCCAUGCCUCUCGGGCAGCUACAGCAUGUUAAUCUGUCACGUACUGAUGUGAAUAUGAUAACUGCGCAACGUAUCCUGCGGUGGUGCAAGAAACUCACACAUCUAGAUAUGAGUCACUGCUGGCAUGUCAAGGAGGUCGAGUGGCGCCGCAUCAAGGAUUCCAGUAAUGUCCACAUUGUCUGGGAGUAGUGAAGGCAUAGCCACCUUCUAAAACAAGAGCUCAUGUUAACUGUGUAUUUGUUUUGCACAGAACUACACUGCCCUUUGAGAUUCCUUUUCUGCACUGGCAGAAUGCAAUAUGUUGUUAGUAUUUGUAAGAUCCAAAAAGUAGGAGUUAUUUCAGUUGUGCAUGAGAUACAUAUCAAAUGAAAUAAUCUGUAUUAUGUUAUAUAUAUAAAUCUUUUUAUACUAUAAAUCUUUUGAGAGGUGAUAUAAUAUGCCACAUGGAACUUGUGUACAUCUUUUUUUUACAAGAUAAUUAAAUUCAUUAUUAAUUGUAAGUAUAUACAUCUAUUUCCAUUACUAAUGGAUAUUUAAGUAAUUUGCAAUGACUAAGGGCUAAAACAAUGUGUUUCCUCAGCAUUGUGUCCAAAGCAGUGGAUGCCAUUCAUAAAAAAACAAUCAUAAUAAGAGUGUGAAGUAAACCGAUUGAAUGUAAUUGGAUUGGAUUCCAUCCAUGUGCAAAUGACUCUUGUGAGAAAAUGUUUGGAAAAAAAAACAAGGCAAAUGUGGAUGUGGCACAAUUUCAUGGUGUUAGUAUGUAAAUCUCAUGUGAAUUUCCAUGUGAAACUGAUGUUUAACAUUUGAAACUCAGGAAAUUACAUGUGGAAGCCUUAAUGAUCCAAGUACAAGUGCAAGGCCUAUGAGAUUAUGUUUAAAAUCCAUGUGAAAUCCCUAUAUAAUGUACAAGUGAAAUAUGUAUGUUUUAUCUAGCGAGACUGAAAAUAAUGUUGUUUAUAUAAAGCUUUUACAUGGAAAAAGUAGCAAUUCCCCUGUACUUACCAAAGGCUGUUUCUAUGUUUCUCCAGAAUAAACAAAUAUUACAAAAGGAA